AUGGUUUGGAUGUUGUACCUUGGUCAAAGGAGUGUCUAUUUUACUACUAAAAGCGACGAAGAAGGAUCAAAAAUUUGCGACAUCGGACGCAUUUCGAACGACAUUCGGCAAGAGAUAUUCACAAAUCAACUGCAUAAUCAAUCACACAAUAGAUCAUAUAAUAACAGUGAGAAGUAUUGUGACAUUGAAGCAGCAUGCGGGAGCAUCAAAUGUUCUUGCAUACCAGAGGAGUUCGAUCCAGGAGAAGUAAUCAGGACAUUCAUCGAAGAUAUUUUCAAGGUUAAGUGCGACAAGAAAAUCACCAUAAACUUGACACUCGAGAAAUCGAGAUUUUUUGAUAACAAACUUCAAGAGAAGUGGUUGAAAACGGACAUAGAGAUUGCGAGAUUGACUCUUAUUAAUUGCUUCCUGACAACGUUGAGCGACGGAGCAUUUUCUUCGCCUAUAUUUAGCAAGAUGACAAAACUUAUAUUAAAAGAUAAUAACAUAUCUACUUUAAACAAAGCCACAUUUCAUCAUCUUCCGAAACUAGAAUAUCUCUCCAUCGUGAAUAACGAGAUAAAAGAGGCCGAGAAAAAUUUACUUCAGGACGUCGCGACAAAUCUGGCAAAUCUUCAACUCGAGAACGCUAUUAGUGAUACGGAAGUUCUUCGCAAUAUCACGGGAGCAGGCGAUUUAUGGAAUGUGAAAGAGUUAGCAUUACGACACAAUCGUAUCACGAUCAUCAACUCGGAACUUUUCACUGGCGUUCCCGAGAUAGAGAGUCUUUAUUUACAAUAUUCGAGCAUAAAAACUAUUUGCGUGGAUGCAUUCGAACCUAUCUCCGAAUCUAUAAAACAGAUAUUUUUAAACAACAAUAACAUCGAGACUUUACCCGAAGGUUUGUUUGACUCGAUAAUUCUGCGGAAUUCUACUUUUCUUCUAUUAAUGGACAACAAUCCGUGGCACUGCAAUUACAGUCUUAUGUGGGUGCAAGAAAUGAUGGCACUUUACCCGAGGAUAGUACAAAACAUUCCGGUCUGCAGUUUACCCGGAGAAAACACCGGCAAAUUCUUCACGAACGCGAUUUUUUAUAAUCAAUACGACAAUACAUCAACGACAGAUAAGACGAGUGAAAAGCAACCUGACGAUCAACCGUGCGUAAAAAUGUCAAAUGUCACAAUUAUCAGUAUAUUUGUAAGCACGUCGAUAUUAAUAUGUUUUAUAAGCGCAGUAUUAAUGUUCGUCAUAGUACGACGACAUCCCACGAUGCUGCGAGGAAGCAAACGAAUCGUGAUAGUAAAACGCGGGAACCUGGACGUCAUGGUAUUGCCGAAGGGACUUUCAAGCGACAUUAUCGAAUCCGCAAACAAGAACACGAUACCCACGAUCUCGCAGAACUUGCAGGAAGAUGGGUAUAUCGUACUUCUGCCACCGGCGCAAAACUUGACCGACAAGAGCUCCACGAGUUCAGCGUCGAGUAUACACACGAGUGAAGACACGAGUUACAUCUCCAGCAUCGAGCCGACCUUGUCGCAGUUAAACUCAUGGCGACUCAAAAGAUCCGAGUGUACAAGCCGAGAAACCGAACCGCCGCCGUUACCGCCGCAUCCGCAUACUAAUGUCGCGCAACCGUUAUCGAUAAUGACGGACACGGACAAGGAUAAAUCCGAUUCGUGCACGGUGUAACGAUGUAGAAUUCUUUUUUUAUUUAAUA